AUGCCGCGGUCAGUUGCCACGUCAGCUCCGCGCUUUCCCGCAUUUCUCUCCCGCCCUCCCCUCCCGCUCAUCAUCGGCGCGCUUUUCGCGCUGCUGCUCCUAGGGUUGUUCCUCUCUUCGCCGCCCACGCCGUCGCUACCGACAAGCGUUCCCGCCCAUGACAGGCUGGCGAACUUCCACCCUGUCAGCGAGGUCCAGGCCCAUUCCCUCAUUCCCCCCUUAGCACCCACCCCUGCUCUCUACAAACCGCAUCCCUCCCCUGCUUCUCACUCCCACCACGGCCAAUUCCCCUCCCUCCUGGUUCGGUGGGCUAUCAACAGGUGCGGCGAUGUGACAGAGAAGAAAUCCGGCCCGGCCCUCUCCCCCGUCCCCUCCCUUGCACCCGCCUUCUUCCCACGACUCACCUCAUUCCAACCAUUCCCACCGCUGCCCAUUCCACCCGCCUUUCUUCUCUCUCCCCUCCAGGUGCGGUGGGCCAUCAUCGGGUGUGGCGAUGUGACAGAGAAGAAGUCCGGCCCGGCGCUCGCCCUCAUCCCGUCGUCUCGCCUCGUGGCUGUCAUGCGCCGCAACGCCACCCUGGCUCAGGACUACGCCCAGCGCCACCACGUGCCCAGGUGGGGGUUGGCGCUCGCCCUCAUCCCCUCGUCUCACCUCGUGGCUGUCAUGCGCCGCAACGCCACCCUGGCUCAGGACUACGCGCAGCGCCACCACGUGCCCAGGUGGUCAACGAACGCAGAGGAGACAAUCAACGACGCCGAUGUGAACGCUGUGUACAUCGCCACUCCCCACCGAUACCACAAGCAAUAUGCCAUCAUGGCAGCGCGGGCAGGGAAGCCAGCCUACGUGGAGAAGCCAAUGGGAAUGAGCCACGUGGACAGCUCUGACAUCCUCGCUGCCUUCCAGCGCGCCAAGCUGCCUCUCUUUGUCGCCUACUACCGCCGCGCCCUGCCCAACUUCCUCAGGGUGUGGUAUACCACCGGCCACCCAACAAGGCCCACCCUCCCAACCCACCCAACCCUGCCACCCCCCUCUCUGCAGAUCAAGGCCCUAUUGGAAUCUGGGGCCAUAGGGGACGUCCUGUCCGUGCAGGUGGUAUACCACCGGCCACCCAACAAGUACGACUACCAGUGGGCACUCAGCGGAGUCCCGAGUCAGAAGGAGCUGCAGACGAUGCUGCAGCAACAGCAGCAGGAGAGAAGGGGAGGGAACGAGGAGGGGAGCGGAGCAAGGGAGCAACAGCAGAGGCAGUACCCGUACCGCCCGUUACCCCAGCACCACCCAGCAGGGGCGUCUCUGCACAACGCGACUCUCAAGUGGCGUGUGGACCCCCUGGUGGGCGGGCUUGGUGGGUACUUUCGGGACAAGGGCAGCCACCAGCUCGACCUGCUCGACUUCUGGUUCGGCCCUGUGGUGGCAGUCUCUGGUUGGUCCACCAAUCUUGCUGGCAUGUAUCCAUCCCCUGAUACUGUCACGGCCCACUUCCGAUUCGCCAACGGAAUUGUUGGCACGGGCAGCUGGAAUUUCGCAGCGGGCAAAUCCAGCCAGCAGGAGUACGGCGAGAUCACGGGCAGCUCGGGCAGAAUAAAGUUCCAGUUUUUCCUGUCCAAUAAGGUGGAGCUUUGGAACGACACGGGGCACUAUGAGUGGGAUGACCCGAGCCCAGAGCACGUGCAACAGCCGUUGCUGGCAACAGUAGUGUCAGCUCUUAGAGGUCAGGGGGAGUGCCCGAGUUUGGGAGAGAGUGCAAUCCGAACGAGCUUCAUCUUGGAUAGAAUUGUGAACGGGGAAAAGUGGCCGUGA